CGGCGGAGGAAUGUGCCCGAUACUAAGCUAGGCAACUAACGUGAGCUAGCAGGCUAGCCUCACGGGCACUGACAGCGGGUUAUGCGGCUGCUGAGGAGCUCAUCGUAGCCCCGACGGUUAAACAUGGGCUAUUGUUAUUUCAAGGAGCCGAGCGGUGUAACGAUGGCAGUAAAACGAUCGCCGCGUUCGGCCGCUAGCUAGGACGACCGACUCGACAAUGGAAUCUUUCCUGCAAAUAGCCCCCCACUCCCUGGCUAUAGUGUUGUCCAGGGUCGGCGCCGGGGAGGCAGGAGGCGCGGCUGGCGUGUCAGAAAGCGAGGAGCUGCCGAGACACCACACCGGCUACGAAAUAUUCGCCGAUUUUAAAGCGGAAAACACUCAGCAACACGUGUGGAACCAGCGGAUUACCGAGGCCGUGUCCGAAACGUUCUUCCUGGGAUGGAUAGACGAGCAUGUGCUUUUAAUUCAAGGAAAGGAAGACCAUUUGGAAGUGCUAAGAGAGGGAUGGAUGCGGAGGUCCCUCAACCCACCACGGGGUUUUACCAUCAAAUACCUGGGUGAUGUUUCGCCUAUCAGUAUGUCCCCUAUCAGCCAGUCACAGUUCAUUCCUCUGGGAGAGGUGCUGCUACUGGCUAUCUCUGCCAUGAACUCCGCCCAUAAGCCGGUCACUCAAGAGGCCCUCACCGAACACUUGCAGACAUGUUUUCCAGGUGUUCCUACGCCGACAGAAGAAGUUCUGCACCACACACUGAACAUGCUGGUCCGUGAGCGGAAGAUCUACCCAACACCGGAUGGUUAUUUUAUUGUGACACCCCAGACCUACUUUAUUACCCCCAGCCUCAUCCGAACAAGCUCAAAGUGGUACCACUUAGAUGAGCGAUCUGGUGACCGCCAUCAGCAGCAGCAGCAACAUCAAAAUCAACAGCAGCAUCAGCAAACGCAGUGCACCUCCCCUCUCUCUGGCACUAUCACCCCAUCUACAUCUGGAGGUUUGCGAGAUCGACCACACUCCAAGCCAAAUCAGAACCACGGUGGGAUUGGGGGUGGGGAUUCGUCUUACAACAACAGCUACCGUGGUGACGAUCCCCCAAGCCACCACACAACACUACAGCGGCGUUCCCCGAAAGACCAUCGGGAGGCCUAUUCCCCUCAUUCCCCCCAAACACCUCCUCAACCGGUAGGAGGUACCACAGAAAAGAGUCGUAGUACGCUAAGCUUCCCAUUCAAGACGGACACGCUCACCAAGCACCGAGGGGGUGGGGGAGGGGGAGGGGAGGCGGAGAAGCAGGCGGGUGGAGGAGGUAGUGGAAGCCGAAAGUUCGGUCUGAAGUUGUUUCGUUUGAGCUUUAAGAAGGACAAGGCCAAACAGCUGGCCACAUUCUCUGCCCAGUUCCCACCAGAGGAGUGGCCACUUCGAGACGAGGAGGCCCCCAGCCAGCUGCCCCGACAUGUAGAGAUGGAAAUCAUCCGCAGAAUCAAUCCCGAUCUCACUGUGGAAAAUCUUGCCAGACACACAGCAGUCAUGAAGCGUCUUGAAGAGGAGCGUGCUCAGAGGAGUAAGGCCUCCUCAGCUAAUCAAAGCUCCAGGAGUCGGAGGAGUGGGGGAAGACAUAGGAAACAGUCUCAGACCAAGCCCAGCCGGUCUCACAGUAAGACAAGGGCAUCCCGUGGUGAGCCGAGUGAUGGCUCCCAUCUAGAGCUUGCUGACAGGGACUAUCGAGCGUAUUCAUCCUCCUUGGCCCGGUCACCUAGGGAACAUGCCUUGGCCGUGGAGCGACAGCGGGCCAGGCUACACCUGGCACAUAGUAACCCUAACAUUCUAGACCCCUCCCAUCUGCCUGUCACACCAGAGUGGGACGUCUCUGGUGAGCUUGCUAAACGGCGUACAGAGAUGCCUUUCCCUGAACCGAGCCACGGCCCGUCAGCCCACCACUCUAAAGUCCACCGCUCUCAUUCUCACACUCAGGAGAGGAAGUCCAGGACUGAGCGCAGUGACAAGGCCAAGGAACGUUCUAGAUCCAUGGACAACUCCAAAGGACCUCUGGGAGCCGGGCUCAUUGGACCACCUGAUUACUACGAUGACCGGAGCCGCUAUUAUACAGAUGAUGGAACCUUACGAGCCAAUCAGAGCUCAUCUCACUACUCACGGGCCACACCUCCUUCAGUUAAGCUGGCUGGUGAUUCAGUUGGGGUGGAUGGUGGGAGAAGCUUGGAGAAGAGUAAAAGCAGGGACAGCCUACCAGCUUACUCACCCAAACCAAUGCCCACCUCUGUCCCUCCCGCAGAUUACUUUCAGUGCUCUGCCUCUUCUGAGGUUGUUCUCACAACAGCCAACCCAUUGGGAACUCUGGGUAAAAGUAGCCAUGAUGGGUUAAAACUUUGUGGAGCCGAUCGACAAAUGGACAGACAAACACCCCAUCCCCCAGAGUACAAAGAUGAAGGGGGGAAGGUGGGUCCUAAGGGUGGCAGCUUGCCUCCAAUGCCUCUUUCUCUGCCUGAUCCCCCUCUCUCUAAUGGUCGAUCCCCACACAGCACCUCCUCUGGCCAGGAGAAGCGUAAGGAGAUCUUCAGUAAAGACACGCUGUUUAAACCUCCUCCUAGCCUGCCUCUGCCUGGCUACAGCUCCCUGAGAAAAACUCCAGCCCUCCCCUCAUCUGCUCUGUCCUCCUCCUGUGAUGCCCUUGAUUCACAGGAGGCAUUUGAUGCCCCAAAACCCCUAGUAGCAACCCCGUCCACUUCCCUGCAAGGAAUGGAACCUGUGUCCAGUGCCGCCGAGGUGUCCUUUGACUACUAUAAUGUCUCUGAUGACGACGAACUAGAGGAGGGAGGGAGUAAAGGUCACGGUGCAGACAAAAAGGCGGGUGAAGGAAGUGGUGGGAUGGGAGGGGGAGGUGGCGGAGGAGGUACCAUGCAGUGGUUAUUGGAGAGGGAGAAGGAGCGGGAUCUACAGAGGAGGUUUGAGAGGAACCUUACCUUCCCCAGUGCUAAAGAGAGCCUUCCAGAGCCCAGUCAGAACCAGCAGUCUGCUCACUCCGCCAGAUUGGAUAGUAUGGACAGCAGCUCUGUCACUGUUGACAGUGGGUUCAACUCGCCACGAACCAGGGAGAGUCUAGCAUCAAACACUUCUUCCAUUGUGGAAAGUAAUCGACGCCAGAACCUGGCUCUGAGCCCUGGGCACCUGGGUAUUGCUACGGGCAACGGACCACCCUUCUCUUUUCGCGCCAUUCCGGAACCCCCCGGAACACAGUCAGAGAAACUUCAGAAGCCCAAUGCCUGCCUCGCAUCAAUCACCAGCGUCUAGGGGUGGGGCUAAGGUUUGGGAGUAGUGGAGGAGUUAACGGGCAUGGUCGAGAAGGGAAGUUUCAACCCGAGGACUGUUACGGUAUCAGACUGACUGUCUCAGUGGAGGUCCCACAGGCCCGCUGUGGUACUACAGAUGUUACAGACACACACUAACAAAAUACUUAUUCACACCUACAUAUACAAACAGAGAUCCAGGCCACCAGAAAACGGCUCCGUCCCACACACAAACACAAAAAAAACCGCACACUGACAUCUCCAUACCAGGCCACUGGGCAGACUUUGACCAUGU